GCUCAGCAAUGUGAGAAGGCUGCACAGGGGUUUCUGUAUCAGAGUAGCUCCUGAGGUGCCCAAAGAAGCAUAACUCUAAUUUCUGGAAAGCUAUUUCUUCUACUGUGCUACGUCCCAUUAAGGUCAUUCAGAAGACAAUGAUUAUUUUGCUGCACCUGAUUAUUUUCCUGCAAGUAAAAGAUUCCAUUACUGAUACUGAAUGCAGAAUGGGGUUUUUCCCCUGUGGAAAUCUAACUUUAUGCCUCCCAAGGACAUUUCACUGUGAUGGUGUAAAAGACUGUGAGAAUGGGGCAGAUGAGGAGUAUUGUGGGGACAACAGUGGAUGGGCAAAUAUUUUCUAUGAAGUCCAUGGAAAAAGCAAUGAUGUCCUUGAACCACAAGAAUGCUGUCUUUCCAGGUUCCCGGAAAGCUGUGAGUGCAAGGACACCGAGCUGGAGUGUGUAGAUGUCAAUUUAGAAGCAGUACCGUAUGUCUCCAGCAAUGUAACACUCUUAUCUCUAAAGAGAAACAAGAUUCAUGCACUUCCAGAUGAAGUUUUCAUAGGCUAUCAUGAUUUAACCAAGUUGUUUCUUCAACACAAUUGUUUGAGAAAUAUAUCCCAGAAGGCUUUUUUUGGAUUGUUCCAUCUACAGCGACUAUACCUGAGUAACAACUGUAUUAGUUAUCUGCAACAAGGAAUAUUCAGCCACUUGCGUGAACUCAAAUGGUUAAUCCUGGAUGAGAACCCAAUAAUUAAAAUUUCACAGGAUAUUUUUGCUGGAUUAAGGUCCCUGUUUUUUCUAUCAAUGAUAAACAAUUCUCUGGAAGCCCUCCCUCAAAGGCUGUGCGCCCAGAUGCCGCUUAUUAACUGGAUGGAUUUUGAAGGUAACAGAAUAAAGACUUUGGAGAGCUCCAGCUUUGUGACAUGUAACGAGCUGACUGUUCUGUUUCUACGUGGAAAUCAGAUCAGCUUAGUAAAAGAGAAUAUAUUCUCCUCAUUAAGAAGCUUAGCAGAAAUAGAUCUCUCAAACAAUUUAAUCACCCACGUGCCUCUCUCGAGUUUUAAAGAACUGAAUCACCUUCAGAAACUAAAUCUGGGCUGUAAUCCUCUCUCACUUCACACUGAGCAAUUUGAAAGUCUGCAGCAUCUUCAAUCACUAGACCUGGAAAAAAUCGAAAUUCCCAAUAUAAGCACAAGAAUGUUUCUGCCGAUGAAGAAUCUUUCUCACAUAUAUUUUAAAAAGUUUAGAUACUGCUCCUAUGCACCCCAUGUACGUGUAUGCACACCCCUAACUGAUGGGAUAUCAUCUCUUGAGAACCUUUUGGCAAACACCAUUCUCCGAGUAUUUGUUUGGGUCAUUGCUUGCAUUACAUGCUUUGGGAACAUCUUUGUUAUUGGAAUGAGAUCGUGUAUCCAAUCAGAGAACAAGACGCACACAAUGUCAAUAAAGGUCCUGUGCUGUGCCGAUUGUCUUAUGGGAAUCUACCUCUUUUUCAUUGGAGUAUUUGAUGUAAAGUACCGGGGACAGUACAAGAAAUAUGCGCUGCUUUGGAUGGAAAGCCUCCAGUGCCGAAGUCUUGGAUUCCUGGCCAUGCUCUCUACUGAAGUCUCAGUUCUGUUGUUGACCUUCUUGACUUUGGAAAAAUAUUUAGCUAUUGUUUUCCCAUUCAGUAAUAUUCGACCAGGAAAACGUCAAACACUAAUAAUCCUUAUAUCACUAUGGGUAGUUGGAUUUAUGAUAGCUAUUGUUCCAUUUUGGAAUGAAGACUUUUUUGGAAACUACUAUGGAAAAAAUGGAGUUUGUUUUCCUCUUUAUCCUGAACAGACAGAAGAAGCUGCUGGGCAAGGAUACUCCCUUGGAGUGUUUUUAGGUGUGAACUUGUUAGCUUUCAUCAUCAUAGUGUUUUCCUACAUCAGUAUGUUCUGUUCAAUUCAAAAGACUGCCCUUCGAACAUCGGAAGUCAACAGUCAUAUCCACGCUGAUGUUGCUGUCGCCAACCGAUUCUUCUUCAUAGUAUUUUCCGAUGCUGUUUGCUGGAUUCCAGUUUUCCUCCUAAAAAUACUCUCGCUUUUUCGGGUGGAAAUCCCUGGCACUGUUACCUCAUGGAUUGUUAUAUUUAUCCUCCCUGUGAACAGUGCCUUAAAUCCCAUUCUCUACACACUAACGACAAGCUUUUUCAAGGAGAAACUCAAGGAACUAUUGCACAGGCAGAGGAGAAGAUCGGUAUUCAGGAACGAAAGGAAAAGUUUAUCUACUUCUUUGGUCUGGACAGAAGAAACCGUAGCUCAGCAUUCUUCACUCAAACUUGGAUUUCUUCAUAAAAAAUCUUUAGAUGAGGGCAUUAUCAAAACGACAUGA